AUGCACGAGAAGUACGGCCCGGUGGUCCGGAUUGCGCCGAACGAACUGAGCUUUCAGAGUGUCGAUAUCCUCAACGACGUGUACAAGGGUGGGCGGAAAUUCCCCAAGAGCGACUUCUAUCAGGGGUUCACCACAUUUCACCCCAACACCUUUGGGAUGUUGGAUGAAGAACUGCACGCUAAGCGUCGCCGUCAGAUGGCACACAGCUUCUCCGUGGCGUCUCUCUCCCAGAUGGAGUCCAUAUACGAUGCCCAUAUCAAGAAUCUUCUCGACGCUAUUGACGCAAAGGGUUCCGAGCCCUUUAAUCUAAAAGACCUUUUUGGCUACUAUGCAUUCGACAUUAUCGGCGAACUGGUCUUUCAUACCGAGUUCGGAAGCCAGAAAGCACAGGAUCCUGCGCAAUUACCCCCGAUUAAUGAGCACAUCUUCCUGGGAUGCAUCUUUGGCAUGCUGCCAUCGCUGCUGCCGUAUAGCAUGCGCAUCGCCAAUCACCUGCCCAUCCCAUGGCUGCAAGACCUUCUGAACAGCAGGAAGCAACUAAGAGACAAAACUUCGGAGUGUCUCGACCGGGAAAUGUCUCGUCAGAAGACAAGUGAAAAGCAGAGUAUUCUGACAAGGCUCAUCCGUGCCAAAGACCCGGAGACAGGUGAGGACUUGCCGAAGGUCGCCAUCGCUUCCGAAGCCUUUGCCUUUCUCGUUGCUGGGUCGCAUACCACUUCUGGUACUUUGACUCUGCUGUUCUACCAUCUCUUGCGGAACGAGGAGGUUCGGCAGAAGCUCACCAAAGAGCUUGAGGCAUCCAUUCCUCUGACGAAUGCCUCGGGUGAUUCUUUACCAGCAUACACAGGAUUGGAAGCCCAGCUACCGUAUGCGAUGGCGUCCGUUCGUGAGAAUUUUCGGAUUACGCCUGUAUUUACCAUGCCAUUGCCACGGACUGUCACCGACCCCAAAGGAGCUGUGAUCAAUGGCUUCCAAGUUCCAACAAGGACUAACGUAUCCAUGAGCAACUACGUGGUCCAUCACGAUCCCGCUGUCUGGGGUGAUGACCAUCACCUCUUCAGGCCUGAAAGAUGGCUGGAGCCGUCGAAAUCACUGUCUCCCAAUGAUUUAGCCCCUUUCGGCGUCGGUCAUAGAGCAUGCAUCGGGAGGAAUGUGGCGAUGAUGAGCAUUGUCAAAAUUCUGACCGCUGUAUGGCGCCGGUACGAGCUUGAACUUGUAGAUCCAGAUGAGAAGUUGGUAGUGGAGAGCGUCGGAAUAGGAGAGAAGCAGGGCCCAUUGAUGGUGAGAGGAAAGUUGAGGACAGUCUGA